GGGGGGGGGGGUCGCGGGAGUUCCCAGACCCCCUCCUCUUCCUCCUCCUCUUCUCUCCCAAACGAAAGGAAAAAUGAGGUGAACUAAUGCCAUGCAGAGGAGCUUCCCAUUGGUCAGUGUUUGGUCAGCUGGUCUCUGACUCCCCCUAUGCUCCUCACCCAAUUCCUGUCCCAUACACACACAUAGACUCUUUCUUGCUACCGAGCCCCCCACCACACACUACCAAAGCACUGGCACCCAGCCACCCAGCUUCACCCUCCUCACCCCUCCUCCCAAUCUGCGAUAAACUCAGUGAUAGCAGCAGCAGCCCGUCGGACUGUGGGCUAUAAAACACAACAAAUCAUAAAGUGCAGGCAGGGAAGGCAGAGGAAGGAGGACGGGAGGAAGAACCGUUAGUCUCGGUCUACUCCUCCUUCUUCUUCUUCUUCAUCGCGUUAUCAUUGUUGUUGUGUUUGUUACGUGCCCUCCUGUGCUCCCCUCUUCUCUUCUUUUCCUCCUUCUUCUCCUUUCCCACUUUUACCAAUGAGUUCAUAUUUUGUGAACUCCUCUUUUCCGGUGAUACCGGGAACGGGUGGAGGCGGCCAGACGGCGUCGGCAGAACCAUUCCUUGGUCAGAUCUCACUUUACUCAUCGGGAUACGCGGACCAUCCGCUCAGACAUUACCCAGGGGCAGCGGCUGUCACUGCGGCCGCGGCCGUGGCUUACAGCGCUCACCAGGAGAAAUCUUAUCCAGCCUCUACCUACUACCAGCAGGCUGCGAACGGAGCGUACAGUGGGCACCGAGUGACGGGGGUGGCAGUUGGGGGCUCGACCGGACCUGGUGCGUGCGACUACGCCACAGCAGCGGCGGCGGCUGCCGCGGCGGCCACGAACUUCUACCGAGACAAGGAUCAUCCCUGCAGUCUGGAUGAACACCAACUUGCUCUGAGCCAAGACGGCAUGCAUCGCAAAAUGGAGUGCGCUGGGCUCGGAGCGAAGGGGCUAUUUGGAGAAUCCAUGGAUGACAAGCAAACAGCACCAACUCCGAUUUAUCCCUGGAUGCAGCGGAUGAACGCAUGCAACGGCACCUUCGGCAGCCCCGGAAGACGCGGCCGGCAGACAUACACCCGCUACCAAACCCUGGAGCUGGAGAAGGAAUUCCACUUCAACCGGUACCUCACGCGGCGACGGCGCAUCGAAAUUGCGCACGCGCUCUGCCUCACGGAGCGCCAGAUUAAGAUCUGGUUCCAGAACCGGAGAAUGAAGUGGAAGAAGGAGAACAAGCUCAUUAACUCAUCUUCUUCCUCCUCUUCCUCCUCUUUCACUCUAAACGGUACAGAUGAAGAAGAGAAACGGACGGAGUGAAAGAAAAAAAAUGACGUGAGACAUUAAAAGCAAGAGAAGGAUGGAAGAAAAUUCAUGCUCCAAUGUGUUUUUUAGGUGUGGACAUUUUGUGAGCCCACCGCUCCGGUCGUUUCCGUCUGACAGCUCAGCCGUGUGGAUCACAAAAAGGAACGAGAUGCUUUAUUUUCUCUAAAAAGAGUCUCUAAGCGCUGUCUCAGUGAAAACAACGUUCUGACCCACUUUAGAUCUGGAGCUGCUUCUUCUUCUAUACUUUAAAAACAGAAAAAAAAUGCACUCUCCUAAAUCCUACAUACUUACUAAAUGCUGAAACUUUAGGAGGCUAUAGGCAGAGUGGCAGCCAUGGAAAGUAGAUAAA